GCCAUAAAGCCAUAACUCGGUGUGAAGCUAACAACGGCUAUUGAUGCAAGUACUUUAACAGUAUUCUGCCAAUAAUCGCAUGCCUCUGAAGGUGUAAGCCUUUGUUUAAUAAACCAGGACUCUUUUCUCCGUUGCAUCCUCUAUUGGAUUUUUCGGAUUUUCCUCUUCUCUUUUAUGUACUUUGGCCUUCAUGUCAAAAUGCCAUCGCCACAGCCUUAUAGCUAUCAACAUUUGGCUAAUGGGGAAGACGUCGUAAAAUCAUUGAAUUCUGAUUCUUUACACUCGACUGGAUAUGCCGCUACGGAAGCCUCUCAAAUAUGCGGUAUUCGAAUAUUCUCUAUCCCUGGUGGUUUUCUGUUGCUCAACAUGAUUUUUUUCUGCCUGUCAGUUUUGAUUCUCAUGGGAUCCAUCAUGCACGCGCAGGAUUUAUCUCAUAAUAUCGAUAAUAAUCUUCUGAAAAAGACUUCUUCUUACUCGCCCAUCUUAGACAAAAUCCCCAUUUCGCUCACAGAAGUUCGUACACAUGGCUCCUUUUUCGCCGAACAACCCCCUUCAAUCUUCCAAAUGCCUCCCAGUCCCGAGGUAGACGAAGCAUGGGAGCGAAUAUCCGACACGCAUGCAAUUACUCUAACGAGGCAGGAGAUCGUUAGCAUGGGACGGGACCCAGCAGAACAAUGGCGAUUUCCGCUGGAAUAUGGCUACGGCGAUGAGGCCUAUAUGGGCCUUUUGGAUGUUUCACAUCACCUCCACUGCCUGAAUGCGCUGAGACAGGCCGCCUAUCCAGACUAUUAUUUCAACCACACUGGGAACCAUAUGGGUUCCAAGUCUCGUUCUGUGCCCGGAAAAGUCCAUUUUACUCGUGGUGGGCACGAUUUACACUGCCAAUACAUUCUACUGCAGUUCAUUCUGUGCCACGCUGACGUGGGGGUUAUCACAUUUAAUAAGGUUGAGGGCGUUAGGGGUCCCAUGGCUGACUUUAGUAUUGACCACAAAUGCCGGGACCACGAUAGCAUAAUCCAGUGGAAGUUGGAUCAUCAGGUCAAUGUUACGGAUGAGCAGUGGGCUUUGAUUAAUAGAGUUCCAGAAGGAAUUCGGGAAUUGUCUGGGGAAGGAAGGUCUCGACCAUUUCAGUGAGACCUUUCAGUCUACUUAGUUUUUCGCUAAGCACAGAUCAAGAUUAGCCUAAGGCUAGUGUAGAGCAAUGAGAGAUUCCACGAUACUACUGUAGCAGCGCUAUCUUUUACCCCGCCUGCUGCAAUCCUUCUAGUCUUCCUAGAUACGAAUAAGAUACAAUAAAUCGCGUGACACGUUUGGACUCUAGACC